AUGCAAAGGGUUAAGAUCUACCUUAGUGAAACCCAUAGAUUGGCGAUUCUACAUCAAUCCAGUUUGCAACCAGAUGCUCUUGUGCGAGAAUUAGACGCAUUUGGAAAGAUUAGCUCCCACACCUCGUAUAUCCUCAAAGAUGAUAACUUCAUGACACUUGUGUUGUUUUCCGAACCCCACAGUGGCGAGAGGUGCUACGAUGUGCUCAAAGGCAACACGAAGGAUGGUUAUCGUCACCAUAUGAUGGAGUCCAUCCUCAGUGUUGGGUGGGCUCAUGAUGGCAGUGAGAAGGACUUUUUGCAAAAAGACUACAUUAGGGAGAAAUUCAAUGGAUUCAAAGCGGAAAACGCCCAAGAGGAGCCCGAAAGUGGGUAUCUAGUGGUGUUUUGGGAGCGUUUGGCAGAACAUGAACGCGAGGAAGUGGCGCAGAUCGUCAAUCAGUUCGCUCUCGAGCAGUUCUCCGACUCGCGGGAGGGGGGUAGGCUGUUCGCAAGGCUUCCCGAUGAGCAUCUCACGGAGGACUGCAGACGGGCGGUUCUCGCGCGAUACGCUAAAUUAGGCAGCGCCGUAUCCUACGCCGAUGUGGUGGAAUUCAAUUUAGCGAAAAAAUUCAAUGGGAUCGUUUAA